UGACUAUAGAUGUCGAUAGAAAAACAUAUGGCUACGUUUUUCACUGUGUGUUGUGAAAGUCUUUUUAUUUAUUAGAUGAUCCUGAAAAUCUGGAAUUUGAAUUUAUAAUUUAAUAUUAGAAAAAAUUAAGGAAAUUUGUAUAUGUAAAGUUCAUUUAAUUAUCGAGAGAUAUUACGAUUAUCGAAAGCGAUUGGUUUAAUCGAUAAACUCGGUGUCAAAUUUUCAACCUUUACGCGCAGGUUUGCUAUCGUUUACGAUUCUUCUUGCAGCAAUAACUGACAUCAAGAUGUCUGCAUCUGUGACAGCAAAACUUCAAGAUGACAUGAAUAGUAUACCUUUGGCAGAUGAUGAUCCUCAAGUAAUUAUUCCCGAAGAAGAAGUAUUGGACAACGCUUCUCAUUUAUCCGAUGCAUUAGGAAGAGGACGUAGUAUGGAUUCUAUUCCGUCAACUUUUACUAAUGGUAGCUGUAGCCCCAAUAGUUUAGAUCCUGAUAUUAGUCCAGAUGAACAAGAAGAGAAAGCACGGUUAAUAGCACAAGUUUUGGAACUUCAAAAUACAUUAGAUGAUCUGUCUCAGAGGGUGGAUAGUGUCAAGGAAGAAAAUUUGAAAUUACGAAGUGAGAAUCAAGUACUAAGUCAAUAUAUAGAGAAUCUAAUGUCUGCUUCAAGCGUAUUCCAAUCGACUAGUCCAAAUACUAAAAAGAAAUGAAUUCCUGUGAUCGACAUGAAAAGAUUGUAAACAUACAGGGAUCUUACGAUUGUUGUGAUUUUUCAUUCCUUAUGAAAAGUAUAUAUACAUAUAUUUGCAGCUGCCUUAUUUGAAAACAAGAACCAUAUAGUAUAAUAAUAAAUUUUAAAGUCAAUGAUAUGUGGCAUGUGUCAGAAAGACAUCUUUAUCUGAAGCUAAUGCAUACUUUUCAUAAGGAUAAAGGUUUGCUUGAAAAGCUAAUAUUUUUUUUUUUUCUUUUUUUUUUUGAAUUUAUACAUUAAGCAUUAUUCCCUCUUUAACUUGACACAUUUAAACAUGUAUAGUACUCACUUGUUUUUGUUGCUUUUAAGUGAUGGCAGAGGCUUAUAGUUAGGAACUAAUGCAUUUAUAUCGAUCAUCGAUUACCAAAGAAUCUUAUUAAAUUCUUUUUUAUAAUUUAUAAGAUAAUCGAAUAAUAUAAGCCUUAUUUUUAUUAUUGUUAACGAAUGUUAUCUUAAGGGCUUCUACCUGGUCACACCAUUUCAAUUAGGUUUUUCAAAUCUUAUCUCUUUGUAUUAAUAGUAACAAGACUUUAUUGAGACAACGUCAUUUUAUACUUUAAGCUUUUGCUUUAAGAGUUCUAAUAACAUAUGUAUGCAAUGUAUGUAGAUGUACAAAGAAGAUAAAACCAAUUAUAUAAAAUAUUAUUAUAUAAUAUACAUAUACACAGAAGCGUGCUAAUGUGCACACAUUAUACACACGACAAGUAAUUACAUAUUGUACGUACAUACAUACACAUACUACGAUCGGAACUAUCGAGUAAAUAAGAAAUCGAUGUUUAGACUCUCUGCUGCAAGCAGAGUAUGUAGAAUAUUUCGAUCGUAUUUUCAUGAAUAUCUUUGACCUGUUGCACCAUGUUUGCAGCAUAACAAUUAUGAAUGUUAAUAAUCGAGCGUACCGCGAAUUACAACUGCGACUUGCGAAAAAGUUUCAGUUCGAGGGCACAAGCAAAAUGCACAAUCUCAAACUAUUCCAUUGUUGAGUAACACAGUGUUAUAAUAAACAUUAUAUUCUAUUGGAUUA